ACGAUUCCUCUUCCUACUUGUCCUCUUGGCUGCUGCUUCCUCCACCUCAAGCACCACCAGCCGUGACGCAUCCACCCUCCCUCUUCUAACCUCCGGGCUGCUUUAAAACUCCCCCUUCUCCUUUUCACCUUCCCUCCUCCUCCUUCCUCGCCUGCCUGGGGCUCAAUUAGUUCCCCUCUCAGUCCUGCCUCUGCUUGCUCCUGGGUUAGGCUGAGGCGCCUCCUCCUCUCCCCCCCACCCCCUUUCCUUUCUUCCGUUCUUUCUUGUUUUUUUUCUCUUCUUCUUUCCGCGCUCCCUUUUUCGGAUCUGUGGACGCUGCUGGUGUCUGGAGGAAUUUCUCUUGCUGUUCUUUCCUUCCUGCCCCGGGGCUGGCAGCAGGAGAGGGAGAGGGAGGGGGGAGGAGGCGAAGGCCAGUGUGAGGAGCUGCUGCUGCAGCAGCGGGAGAUGUGGAUUCUUGGUGCAGCUGCAGCACAAGGACACGGCCAGGGAGCCGGGCUGCAGCUGAGAGACUCGGCUAGUCACCGCCACCACCACCAACCACCCUGCUCCAAGUGAAAGAAGACCAGAGGAGCUGGGAUUGUCGCUGUUGUCGCCGUCGUCGCCAAACAGGAAUAAAUCCAACUCGGACACCCCAGAUCGUUCCGUUUCCGUGCUGAAGGGAGAAGGGUGGGGGUUUGGCAAGCUGCUUCUUUUUGGGCACCCCGAGGAUCGAGGCUAUUCUGGCGGAAGGGUGCGAAGUGGGGCCGGUCUGGGGUUUAACAAUGGUGAGGUUUCUGGUGAGCUCCUACUGCGCCCUGGCUGCGUCGGUGCUGCUCCAUCCCCAUAUCGGAUCACGGUGAGGAAAAAAUGAGCGAAGAGACGGCGAAUUCUAACAACGAUAAUAGUUAUGCCCGUGUGCGAGCUGUGGUGAUGACCCGUGAUGACUCAAGUGGUGGAUGGUUACCACUUGGAGGGGGUGGACUAAGCUGCGUCACUGUUUUCAAAGUCAUUCACCAGGAAGAAAAUGGCUGUGCUGAUUUUCUUGUACAUGGGGAACGUCUCAGGGAUAAAACGGUGGUUUUGGAGUGUACGUUAAAGAAGGACAUUAUUUACAAUAAGGUUACGCCAACUUUUCACCACUGGAAGAUCGAUGACAAAAAAUUUGGCCUCACAUUUCAGAGUCCUGCUGAUGCAAGAGCAUUUGAUAGAGGCAUUCGAAGGGCAGUUGAAGAUAUCUCUCAAGGUUGUCCGACAUCACAUGAUGAAAUCGAAGUGCCUGCGGAUGGCUUUCCAGCAAUUCCAGAAAACACAUCAAGUUUGUUAAUGAAAGAUCAUCUUUUCCAACAUGAACCUAUAGUGAGCAGUGAUCCUUACAAAAGCUUAAGUAUAAGAUCCUCAGCCUUGGAAGAUUUGAACUCCAGAAGAUCCUACUUCCACAGCCAAUCCAACCAGAUACCCCCGAAGCCAGUCAGGAAUGUCAGUUUUCAGGACGAAGAAGAAAUUGUUCGAAUAAACCCUCGUGAUAUUUUAAUACGCCGUUAUGCAGACUAUAGGCACCCAGACAUGUGGAAAAAUGACUUGGAUAGGGAUGAAGCAGACUCUUCACUGCAGUGUCCUAAGGCAGACCAUAAAAAAUCAGAAUAUCUCUACCCAUCUGGGGAUGGAACCAAGCUGAAUUCACUAAAAGAGUCAAAGAGUUCUGUGGUACUUAAAACACAACCUUCCUCUUUCAAAUUAAAAAAAUCAAAAAGACGGAAAGAGGAUGGCGAGCGUUCUCGCUGUGUAUACUGCCAGGAAAGGUUUAAUCACGAAGAGAAUGGCCGGGGCAAAUGCCAGGAUGCUCCAGACCCUAUUAAGAGAUGCAUAUACCAAGUUAGCUGCAUGCUUUGUGCUGAGAGCAUGCUCUAUCACUGCAUGUCAGACUCGGAGGGAGAUUUCUCUGACCCCUGCUCGUGCGACACGAGCGAUGACAAGUUCUGCUUACGAUGGCUCGCUCUUGUCACUUUGUCGUUCAUUGCACCGUGUAUGUGCUGCUACCUCCCUUUGAGAGCCUGCCACCACUGUGGCGAGGUCUGCGGAUGCUGCGGAGGAAAGCAUAAAGCUGCAGGAUGAACUGGUCUGGCGCCAAAUUGGGCUGGCGAGUCUUUAUUUUCAGGAGGUAUCUAACUCGUGGAAGCAUUUGGCAACCUGUCAUGUAUGCAAGGCCUAUUGCAGAAGAAGCAUCAGAACUCUUGUUGUGUAUUACGAAAGCUAGCCGUGCCUAAUGAUCUGCUUUUAAGUGCAUGGUACAAGUUGUGAAGGAGUUCUUGCAAAAGGAAAGCCUUUUCUUAUGACUGGCAGUUGAAAUAAGUAUAAACUGCAGUCCAUACUAUAAGGGAUCAAGUUCAGCAAUUUGUACAUUUUGUGGUUUAGGUGAUUGGGGCGGGGGGCUCUUUGAAAUAAUCUAUUUGGCAGAAAAUUUUAACAAUCUGCACUAGCGAGAGCUGAUUUAAAACUAAAGAAAGUUAAUAACUUGGUGACUGCAAGAAAUUUAAAUUGAUUUUAAGUGCAACUGAAUUGCUUAUAAAUAGUUUUUGGAAGCAACUUUAUGUACAAAUAACAAAUGUUUAUAUUUAACGAAGUAUAUGGUACGAAUUAUUAAAUCUUCCUUCCCCUUUCCAGUUGCAAAGCAGUUAUGGACCACAUUUCCAGUCACAUUCCGUGAUAGUAUUUCUCAAUAUUUAACUAGUUAACUUAGUAGCAUUUCUAUUCCAGAUGGACAAAUCAAUAUUUUCAGUCUUGUUUUCCUUCAACUACAUUUUGUAUUGAGUUCCCUCUGUGUACAUUCUGGUAAUCUGAAAGCCUUUAAAAUAUUAAUUAUUGUAGUCUUGAAUGACCAAUGUUUUGUUAAGCACAGGUAUAAUUGUCUAAUGCUCUUAUGAGAACAUAACAUUUAUUUUUAUAUAUAAAUAAUUCUGGUUUCAAUGUAAUGGCAAAAGAGUUUUUUUCCUUUUUCUCAACCAGCAGAUUUUCUUCUAGAGUUUCCUCUGAAAAAUGUUGUUGAUGACAAAUGUUUGGGGAAGGAAAAUUGCCACAAGGUAAUUGACAUAAAAUACAUAUUUAUCAUUCUGUUCAACUUGGUACCAGUUAUUUCUUCAGCCUACUAAAGGAACAAAAAUAUUUCCUAUUUUAAUUUUAUUUGCCCUAGCAAAAAUUUAAAAUAUUCUGUAUGACAAACUGCAGCCAAGGUAGGAAAAAGCAAGUGAAUUUAUUGUGAAUGAAAGUGGGUUUUACUUUGUCUUUUGAGUUGUAGCAUAUUAAUCAUGAAUGUUUAACUUAACAUUUGGCUGUGUGUUCUAAAUGCCACCUUUGGGGAACUGCCUAAAUGUCAUCACAUGGUAUAACAACAUAGCUGAGCAUACAGGUUUUUUAUUAAUAAAACUCUCUAAAGCA